GCUUUUGGCCUGAGAAUGGGGAAAAGUGAAAAAGUCUGGCCAUAAAUCAGCUGAAUAGGAAUUAAAGAAAAGAAAUGAACAACUGAUUUUUAAAUACAUCAGUCUGUUAUUGGAGUGUUUUAAUGUAGUUAGUAGUACUAUCAGGUAAACAUGAAGUUUUAAAUCUAAAGCGCUUAAUUAUGUGCUGUCGAAAAUGUCGUUAAAAUUUCAUUUAUUGCAAAAAAAAUUAGAUAUUACCAAAUUUCAUUUAAUUGAAUUCAUUAGCUUACCUCGUCCCUAAUCUGGUUGCCGUAGCCGUAGGCUGUAGGCGUAGUACUAGUACUAGUACUAGUGAAGUACUAGUAGUAGUAUUAGUAUUAAGUAGCCUGGUAACCCCGUAGCCUUACUCACUGACUCGUAUUAUUAUUAUUAUUUCUUCCAGUAAAUACUUCUCAAAUAUUUUUUUUUUAAACACCAGAAUCAGACCUGCCUAAGCCUAAAGUUAAAGCUUUUAACUUACAUUACAAUUACAAUACUUACAACUUACAUACAUUACAUUUGAAAAAUUUUAAUAUUUUUAAUUUUAAAAUAUUUUGGUAAACCCUUAUUUUGUACCGGUAGCCUGAUAAGUAUUAAAUAAUUCUUUAUUUUUAAAUUACAGAAGAGUGAAAUAUGGAUAAGGCCCAUAAAGAAAUUAUUCAAAAGAAUUUCAUGAAACUUGUUGAUGAAAUCAGUACUCAAGUUGAGCAGGUUACAUCAUUGCUUCUUAAUGAGCAUCAAAUUAUUACAAAGCGUAUGUGGGAGGAUGUUGUUCAGGUAGACACUACAAAUAUUUUAGGUUAAUUGUUUCAGCUAAUUCAUUUUCAUUUAUGAUUGGGGUAAAAUUAAUAUUAAACUAUAAGUCAUGAAUGAAUCCUGUUUCAUUCAGACACAAAACGCUUAAUCUAAUGUAAUAAAAUUAUGGUAAUCUGCCACUUGAGCGUUGGCCAAGGAAAAUUCCAGUUGUUACUAUUGAUAAUUGGAUGUGCUAUUUAAACAAUUAUUCUUUUAUCGAUAAGACCCAAAACGAUGGAAAUGUUUUUUUAUGACAUUUCAGCACAUAUAUAAUACAAAUAAAAUGCUAGACAUGCAUAACAAAAUUAAAGAUAAUGUAUGAAAAUGAAAUUAUUCAUAGUUUUCCACCAAAGUGGCAAUGAAGUGUUUAAAAAUAUAAUUUAUGCCACAGCCACGAAAACAGUUGCGGAACAUGAACCCGUGUAAAUAGGAAGGGAAACGCUCUCGGCUGGUACUUAACUCUUUUCAUUUUGCGCACUAUCAUCAUCAGCACUGUAAAUAGAAUUGGAACUGUUAACAGACAUCAGUAGUAUAAGAAUACUUGUUUUUAAAUAGCACUUCAGAUUGCUUCAAACCGGAACAACUGGAUUUUUCCUUGGCCGACGCUGAAGUGGUAGAUUACCAAAUUUAUUUGAUCCUGCUCCUCACCUAAACGGCAUGAUUUAUUAAUUUUUUUUAAUUGGAUAGUGUUUCAAAUCUAUUGUAUUGUAAUUGUAAGAUGAAAGCGAGAGUUGUGUUUUGUUUUAUUUCAACAUGUAAAUAUAACAUUUAUUUAUUUUUUGUUUCAAUGCAUUCUUCUGCUACUAUCAACAGGCAAACAACACACUUUCUCGUAAAGCAGAUGCACUUUUAACUUUACUCUUGACAAGAGGACCUCAUGCUUUCAAUGCCCUUUAUGAGGCUGUUAAAACAGCAGAGCUCAAUGGUGCUGCAGAUAUUUUAAUGCCUCAAAAUGCUCCUCACUGGAAGAAACCUGAUGUAGACAGUUAACAGCUCAAGAAAGUUAGGAACCAGAUAAUGUUAGCAUGUAAUUAAUUUAAGUUACCACUGAUUCCAUGUUGCCUAAAGUCUAAACUGUUAGGGGAAAGGAUAUGAAUUUUUCAAGAUUAGUUGCUUUUUUUAUGAAUUGAGUUACUGUAUUUAAUAUUUUGUUUGCAAAAAAUUUUUAUUUGCAGUGAGCAUUAAAUAUUCAUAAAAAUAAUCAGAUGAUCUUUAAACUUUAAUUAGUUUUUAACUCUUGAUUUCUGACAGGUUCUUGCGUUUUUAUAAACCCUGAAAAAUAAUCUUCAAUCUUUAUUUGAGUGUUUCUACUGAGUACCGGUACACUUAAUUUCUCUGUGAGAUUGUUAUAAUGUUGCUAAUACCCGGUAGUGGUACUAAUAUUGUUAUCCUGCCUUAAAUACUUUGUUAAAUUUUUUUUUACAAUUUAUUGCUGUGUAUUAUUUAGCUGAAUGUGAACAUUUGACAGAUGGCUUUUUUCUGCACCAAAGGUAAUGUUAAAAUAAUAAUUAACACAUUCCUAAUCAUAACACAGCCGAAACAGUAAAGGCUUAUUUUUUAAGGUCUGAUUAGUAAUUAUCCUGAUAUAAAUAGUUCAUCUUUGAUAGGAAAUAAACAUUACUUUAUAAUGUUUCAGAUUUUUUGGCAUAGACCAUUUAUUUUUUAUUAUGUACGGUACAAGCAGUUUGUUACAUAAAUACAUUUUAAACUAGUUAACAGUUACAGCCUUUCACAUAUUGGUCUCAAGAGCUGCAGGUGUCAUGACAAAAUAAUUCUCAUUAUAACUUAUAACUGUUUAUAGAAUUUUUACCAUUGUUUUAAGUGUGCCAUACUGAAUUUGUGACGGAUGAUUUUAAAGGUUGUUGAAUCAUUAUUUUUCCCUUUAAACUCUCUUAACUGGCAAGUAUUACUUUCUUUUCUUUAUACAUAUUUUAAAUACCUUACUUUUCUCAGCAUCAUAUCAGUGUAGUUUUAAUCUGUCACUGCAUACACAUUUAUGAAGUGGAAAUAUCAGAAAUAAACUUUUUUUGUAAUACUUUUAAACAUACUUUUUAGCUUUCCAAGUUGGUGUAAGUUGUUCAAAUUUAAUUUCUCUGCACAUUUUAUUUGAAAGAAUUCCAACCCCAAUUCAUCACAGGCUUAAAACGCAUAUUAAUUUCUUUUUAGUAUUAAUUCCAUAUUCAUUGUGAAAUGCUGAUGUAAUUAAUUUUUUUUAUGUGCCAUAUUUAUGUCAAUCUGUUCAAUGUAUAUGUAAUUAUAAAUAACUUUUAAAAAGAAAUUGUUUUUGACUGGACUAAAAAAUAUUUGCCUAUAAUUUUAACCAAACAUAUAAUUUAAAUUUAAUAUAAAAUAAAAUGGUAUUGUUAAUUUUUUAUCUUGGUCUUCAAAUUCAUUAAAUUUAUAAAGUUCAAGGGGACCAUCUUGAUAUCAGUAUGCUACUGUUUUACCUAUGUAAAGGUCUAGCAUUUAAAUACUACCCAUGCAUUUAAGGUACCAGUAAAAGGUAAAAAAAAAAAGUCACCCGGCUGGGUU